UGCGCAGUAGGUUUAUUGUAGAGACCACGUUGCUUUGAAAGAAGAAGAUACUUUAAGAUCUCAUCACUAAAUGGCGGACAAUCCGACCGGUGGUGCACGUGGUGGAUUUGGGAGGGGUAGAGGACGCGGGCGUGGCAGGGGAAGGGGACGAGGGCGUGGUCGAGGCCAAAAGGAAGACAAGGAAUGGAUCCCGGUGACUAAACUUGGUCGUCUUGUAAAGGACGGAAAGAUCAAGCGCUUGGAGGACAUUUAUUUAUACUCUCUUCCUAUUAAGGAGGCUGAAAUCAUUGACCACUUUUUGGGUUCUGCUUUGAAAGACGAAGUACUCAAGAUAAUGCCCGUUCAGAAACAAACUCGUGCCGGACAAAGAACUCGAUUUAAAGCAUUUGUUGCUAUGGGAGAUUACAAUGGACAUGUUGGUCUGGGAGUUAAGUGUUCCAAGGAAGUUGCUACUGCCAUUAGGGGUGCUAUAAUCUUAGCUAAACUCUCAAUCAUUCCAGUCCGUCUUGGAUACUGGGGUAACAAGAUUGGUAUGCCACACACAGUACCUUGUAAAGUCACUGGUAAGUGUGGCUCUGUUCUCAUGAGAUUGAUACCAGCUCCUCGUGGUACCGGGAUUGUUAGUGCUCCUGUCCCUAAGAAGCUAUUGCAAAUGGCUGGAGUUGCUGAUUGUUAUACUAGUGCCCGUGGAGCUACAUCAACUUUGGGCAAUUUUGCGAAGGCCACAUUUACUGCAAUUGCUAAUACCUAUAGCUACCUUACCCCUGAUAUGUGGCCUGAGACAAAGUUGAACAAAGGUCCUUAUCAAGAGUUCUCUGAUUAUCUGGCAAAGAACCAGCCUAAGCCACACAAUGUUGCAACUGCUGCCGCUGCCGAAUGAAUUAUUGACUUUGAUGCUUAAUUUAGGAGUCCUUUGAGACUGUUGUAUUAUUAAUGGCAGCAUUAAUUAUUAUAAUUUUAAAAUUAUUAAUGAUUAAAAUGUGACCAAGCGUCUACAGUUUUAGUUAA